AUGGCCAUCCUUGUCGGCGCGCUAGCAAUGCUGUUUGUUACAGUAUCUACUGCCCCAGUGGAGCCGGACGACGAGCAGUCAGAAAACACUAUUAUGACCCAUGCAGAUAGAGAUAUGGAGCUGCCAGGCUCAUGGGAUGCUAUCAAUACCGCUGCUCUGCGCAAACUGUUGUUGCAACUUGAUGCUGAGGACAGGAUGGGCAGGGUGAGCCGCUCAUGGCCGCAGCCGGAGCCUCGUGGUUGGGCACUCCGCGCUAUGGAUGGACGCCUGGCACGCCAGUGGCGAGCAGACAAGAGACAGGUUCGCUUCCGUCAGUGCUACUUCAACCCUAUCUCUUGCUUCCGCAAGUGA